UCUCCCUUUGUCUCCCCGUGUUCUCACGCCAAGUGAAGUGUCUGCCACUCAAGUAAAGAAGCCCAAGAAGAACACAUCGGUUCAUGGCUCUUCCUGCUCGGAUCUUCCUGCAGCAUUGCGAUUAAUUUUGGGCCGUGGCAUAGGGUUGAAGCGGCAGCAGCAAAGACCCUCCGGUUCUAUAACUUUCCAACAGGAUGUGGAGCGUAUUGACGUACCUUCUGGCGUCGUUCGUCGUACCAAUUUUGGAAGCUGGGAAGCCAUCGAUAGCAUCGAUAAAAAACGGGGACGUCGAAGGACGCACAGUGGAAGUCCUCGGUAGGACGGUGGAAGUUUACCAGGGCAUUCCGUUCGCUCGCCCUCCCGUCGGAAAACUUCGAUUCCUAGAACCUAUUUCCGCCGAUCCUUGGUCUGGCGUCUACGACGCCACAGCCCCGAAGACGGCUUGCAUCCAGAAAGUAUUCAGCGAAGAUUUCGCGCCCUACGUCAACCAGUCAGAAGACUGCCUCUAUAUCAACGUUUGGACAUCAGCGAGAUCGAGACCACUGAAGACAGUGCUGGUAUGGAUUCACGGAGGCGGUUUCACAUUUGGUUCGGCCUAUCAACACUGGUACGACGGUUCGGCGCUGGCGGCUCUGCACGACGUCGUCGUCGUCACUUUCAACUACCGUUUGAAUAUCUUCGGUUUUCUGAACGCUGCCAUACCUGAAGUACCCGGUAACAUGGGUCUCCUGGAUCAGAACCUAGCACUUCGCUGGGUUCGCGACAACAUUCGGUCGUUCGGUGGCAAUCCGUCACGUGUGACGUUGUUCGGAGAAAGCGCCGGUUCUUUCAGUGUGAGCGCUCAUGUACUGUCUCCCCUCAGCCGAGGCCUGUUUCAAAGAGCAGUCUUCAUGAGCGGAGCGUAUAACACGGACGGCCUCAUAGAUAACGCCUUUGAAAGCUUAUCUAAAGGUAACAAGGUCGCCGAAAUCGUUGGUUGUGCAUCUGCUUAUAAAGACCUCGCCUCUUACCCAGCAGAGGUCCUCAAGUGCUUGCGCUCCAAGCCGGCUGAGCUUCUUUGCGAUGCCACUUACAACGGCUCCGCAGCUAAGGUGUUUAACUUCAUUCCAUCACAUCCAAACGCUUUCUUGCCCAAGCGCCCCACCGUGGCAAUGAAGAGAGGCGAGUUCAACAACGUUGACGUCAUGCUCGGAGUCACUGCAAACGAAGGAAAUUUCAUAGUCAUGUCUUUUCCGGAUAGCCGCAUUCAAACGGAGGACCUGGAAGGAGUUAGCGAAGACGAGCUCAAGAAAGUCCUACGCAUCGUGUCCCUCGCCUGGCUUCCAGACAAGUUCGCGCCAAUGCUGGAGCGGUACGCGAGCGCGGCCACUCCGGCUGAUAAGCGACUUCUGAGGGAAUUGCAUACAGAGUUUAUAACUGACGGCCAGUUCAUCUGUCCCAGCAAGUUUUUCGCUGAAGACUACUCUAACAUGGGUAACUCGGUCUACUUUUCCGUAUUCGGCUACAGGUCACCUAAGUUCCCGUUCCCAAAGUGGACCGGCGUGCCGCACACUUCCGACAUCGUCUUCUACUUCGGCGUUCCUCUCCUCAAACCGGAACACUUCACCGACGAAGAUCGGGAGUUCAGCAAGGCUGUGAUGAAAGCACUCACGAAUUUUGCAAAGACGGGGCAACCAGUCUUCGAUGGAGUCGAGUGGCCGGCGUACACGAGCGACGACCCUGUGGCCCUGUGGAUUCAGCCAGGAAAUUACUCCCUUCACCGAAAUAUUGGUCACAAGAACUGCGACUUCUGGAGAGAGUACUUGACGUACGCAGAAAAAUAAAGGUUCUACAUAGUAAGCAAACCGCAGCUAACUGGAACGAAAAUAAAGACAGUAUAUACCAUAUGCGCAUCACCAAGACCAGGAUCAAACCUGCGUUUGUUUGUUACUAACGUUCACGGUGUCGCGGGCGGGGUCGGGCCCGCCGAGCAAUAUCGUUUCUCGAGUGCC